CGCUAAUUCUCGUCCAUGCUGAAAAACUGAAAAAAUCGAAAUAUUCAGUUUUUCUCAAAUAAAUCAAACAAAGGGCAUCAAGAUGUGGUUCGAUGAAGUCGGUGAGAUUGCAGAGGUGUUUAGGACCAGUCUGCCUCUUUCAUUUCUCUUUUUUGUGCCAAUUAUCAUUCUGAUCUCUCCAGUAAGCCCAGUCGGCGCUGCGCAUGAUUUUUCAGUUUAUCGAAUGCAACAAUACGAUCUUCAACAAACGAAGUACGGGUGUAAGAAUGCCAUAGUAAAUGUAGAAGCACGUCCCAUCAAUGCUAACACAUAUACCAGGCGCUGCAUUGUAGCGCAGCUUCAUGAAAUGACCAAUGAGAAGUUCAAGAAUAUGCAAGAACAGAAUGCUGGAGGCCUCUUGGUCCUGUUACCUAGUAACAUGUCUAGGCUCUCCGAUAAAGAAAAAGAGCAUUUAUUAGAACUGGAGCAGGACAUGAUGCAGGAGGAGACAGUUCUGCCUGUUUACUUUACUACAGAGACAGAGGAGCUAAUGGAAAUAUACAAUGACAUCAAGUUGGCAACCAACAGUGACCAGGCUGCUUCAGCUACAGAAGCUCUACUUGGUGCAGCAUGGGCAAAUGGCUUCCAGUUGGUCGUGAAUGGCCCUCAAUCUAAAUCUCUUCCUGAUUAUGAGAUUGCCAACAUACAAGGGAAACUGUCAGGGUUUGGUAUAGAAGAGCAGCUUCCAACAAUUGCCAUAGUGGCUCAUUAUGACUCUUAUGGAGUUGCACCAUCUCUUGCAUUUGGUGCUGACUCUAAUGGAAGUGGAGUGGUAGCAUUGCUGGAACUUGCCAGGCUCUUCUCAAAACUCUACAUGAACUCAAGAACCCACGCCAAAUUUAAUCUGCUCUUCCUGCUCUCUGGCGCAGGCAAGUUUAACUACCAGGGCACCAGGAAGUGGAUUGAAGAUAGCUUAGAUGCCUCAGAGAGUAGUCUACUACAGGAUGUACAGUUUGUCUUAUGUCUGGAUACUUUAGGCUCAUCCAACAAUCUAAACCUUCAUGUCUCUAAACCACCUAAAGAGGGCAGUGCAGCAGCAAGCUUUGUCAAGCAUUUAGAAGAGGUGAAGGCUUCCUUUUCCCCAGAAGUCAACUUCAAUGUAGUUCACAAGAAGAUCAACCUGGCAGAUGACCUCCUAGCUUGGGAACAUGAGAGGUUUAGCAUACGCAGAAUCCAGGCCUUCACCCUAUCCCACCUAGACAGUCAUAAACACCUAGAAAGAAACUCAGUCAUUGAUACAAGAGAAAGAGUUGACAACCAAAAGCUUGCCAGAAAUGUUAAGGUUCUAGUUGAAGCCUUAGCCAGACAUGUGUUUGAUGUGCAAAAUCAAGGGAACUUAGAGAUAUUCAAUGGUGCUUUGGAUGUUCAAGAGGAAUCUAUAGGCUCAUGGAUGGACUACCUUGGCACACAAUCCAGGGCAGCCCAAGUAUUAACCAAAGACCAUGUAAUAGUAGCAGCUUUAGAACAGGCUCUCUCCAGACAUCUGAAAGAUGUGAAGAAGGUGCUCUCUACAGCAGACAAAAGAGAUCCUGACUUUGUGUUCUACUCUGGUGCCGAAUUCACUAUGUCAGCUUACAAUGUAAAACCAGCAGUAUUUGAUCUGUUCCUGGCUCUGGCUAUAGCAGGAUACCUUGGCUGUUUGUUCUUAGCAGGACAACAUUAUUCAACCGUCCUGAUGUAUGUGAGGAAAUAUACUACUCCAAGGAAAGCAAAAGUUCAAUGAAUGGAAACACUGGAGAAAACUUAAUAUGUAAUACAGGGAACUCAAUAAGAAGCAUCGAUUGGCAUUUAUGCAGUUUAUACUAUACUAACAGUCUUAAUAAUUACAAAAAGAUGAAAAAAUGACUCAUCAGAAACAUCACUGAUAAUUAACAUUACUGAGAGCGAAUGGGUAUAGAAAUAUGAGUGACUGAAGAUUUGUAAAAUGAUAUUUUAAUAUUGAUUAGAUAUAAUUCUCCUACCUUAACUCACCCUUCCUCAGUAUGAUUAUGUUAUUAAUGGUAGUUAUAAGCAAUAAAUUAUAGUUUUGGUGUAGAGUGAAUGGUCUGCAUUCAUGCAUACAUUCAUUCGUUUCUAGUGACACUGAAACUUAUGAUUAUGAAGACCACCAAUUAAACAAUUUUAUUAACUCCCUGAGUUUAUUGUAAUUUGUUAACGACCAAUGGAGUGACCAAUACCUCUUGGGUAUAUCCCAUAUUUUACCUGUUUACAGUCAUAAUAUUCUAAUUGUCAUGGCGAAAGUAUUUUGCCAUGGAAACCAAUGUUCUACUUGAAGCUUUUCCUCACAAUAUAUGUUCACUAUUUGUGAGUUUCACACAUUUGUGCAGGUUGGAAAGUUUAUUUCUAGGGGGAUUUCUUUUCUAAUGUCAAAAAGGAAAACUAUUUCUAGGACAGUGUACAUCCAGUCAGGUUGCAUCACAAUGAAAGGCAAUUUUAAUGAAGAGUAUUUGUAAGAUUAUGUUGUAAACAACUAAGAGAAUAGAACAAAUUCUGAAAUAAGACAGAUUGAAAAUGAGUACUUUAUGAAUAGGGAUGAACGCAUAUGUUUCAUUUACUAUUUAAAGAGAAAAAUGAUUAAUUAUCUGAAGAAUUGUAAAUAUUUGAAACUGGAAAUUAUGAUAUCCUUGACUUGAUUUCUAUUCAAAUGUUCUUAAUUUGUAAUUUGUAUGGUCACAAAGUUGAGUUUUGGUUUACUUAAAUUAUGUUUUAUUAAUGAGCGUCAACCAAAACUU